AUGGAAACUAUAUUUGAGGAAGAAGACCAGGGCCACAAAUCUGAUGAUAUGGUUGAUGAUGAUGGAAGUAAUCAAGUAUCUGGCGGACCUGAAACUGAUGGGGAGGAUGAUGAUGCUGAGUAUGUGAAGAAUAUUUUAGAGUUGACAGAUGAUGACGUCAUGGGUCUUGAAUUUGAUUCGGAGGAAGAAGCAGUAAAGUUUUAUGAACGAUACGGGCAAUGUUUUGGUUUUGGGGUAAGGAAGGAUAAUGUGUAUCAUGGACCCAAGGGUUGUGUUGUUACACGUCAAUUAGUUUGCAGUAAAGAGGGGGCAAGGCACAAGAAAUACAUGGAACGUGGUGAUCGGGUUAGAGCUCCAAAGCCAAAUACAAGAGUCUCAUGUCCGGCCAGAUUUCGCGUUCGUUAUGAAAGAAACUCAGGUAAGUGGAAAGUAUCUCUUUUUAAGAAGUCUCACAAUCAUGAAUUGACUCCGGUUGACAAAGUACAUCUGAUUUCUUCAUUUCGCCAAAUAAGUGAGUCUGACAAGGCCCAGAUUAAUAGCCUUAAGAUCCAUGGUGUUCGGACAUGUAAUAUAAUGGGGUUGAUGUUAGGGCAGAAAGGUGGUCAUGAAUCUUUGGGCUUUACAAAGAAGGAUCUGUACAAUCAUAUUGACAAGGAGAAGCGGAUAAGAGUUGGGAACGGUGAUGCAGUUGCUGCUUUAUCCUAUUUUGAGGCAAAGUCUGAGAGUGAUCCUAUGUUUUUUUCUAAGUAUACUAAAACUGUUGAUGAAAAUUUGAAAGACCUGUUUUGGAGUGAUGGAGUAAGCAGAUUAGACUAUCAUGCAUUUGGUGAUGUUGUUUCUUUUGACAGUACAUAUAAAAGGAACAAGUACAACAAGCCUCUUGUUAUUUUCUGUGGCUAUAAUCAUCAUGGGAAAACAACAAUUUUUGCAUGCGCUUUGCUAACAGAUGAGUCGGCUAAUACAUAUAAGUGGGUUUUGGAAACUUUUGGUGAAUGUAUGUUUCAGAAGCAUCCGAAAGCAGUUGUUACUGAUGGUUGUUUGGCUAUGAAAGAAGCCAUUCGGUGUAUCUUUCCUAAUGCCCGUCAUAGGUUGUGUUCAUGGCACAUUCAGCAAACUGCACUUGAAAAGUUAAAGCAUUCAGAGUUUCUGGAUGAAUUUUCAGGGUUGAUUUAUGCUAAAAUGAAUGCAGAAAAAUUUGAGAGAUUGUGA